UGGGAAAGGUGCCAAUUGAUGGUGGUGUUCGCUGUGGACCACUGCCUCGACUGUGUUGGCAAAAACCCAUUAAACAAAGACGCGUUCUGAAGCGCGCUUCCAAUCGCGACGCGACUUGGUGGGGCACUUAACGCAGGGGUGCAACGGGGACACAAAAAACCCUAACCCUCUGUAGACAGCUUCCCCACGUUUUGGCAGACGUAAAGCACAGACCACACCAUCGAACCGGCAGUGGACAGAUGCAAGACUUGGAGUUCUGCAUCACAAGCCGAAGCUCAAGACCAAGGCAAAGUAAACAACCGGCCAGCUCAAACCCAGCACUACCCCUCCACCGAACUCAACCUCUCCCACCCAAGAUGGCCACCCCACCAAACGACUCCUCCGACAACCCCCAAUCCGACCUCCCGUGGCUCCAAAAACCGCCAACACUCACGCCCUCAUCACCGUCCCAAAAAAAAAAUCCCCAAGAAGAAGACCUCUCCCUCACAGCAGCCCUAUCAACCAUCACCCCCUCCUCCUUCCUCACCGUCCACCAAACCCCUUGCGCCCGCACCGGCCUCCUAACAGGCAUAGGCCUCGGCUCCGCAGUCGGCAUCCUCCGCUCGAUCCUCGGUCUCCCUAUCCCCCGCGCCGCCAACUGGGCCGUCGGCACAGGCGCCCUGACCGCCAUCCUCCAGUACGAGUACUGCCAGGCUAAGCGAAGGCAGGAGAAGGCCAAAGUGGCCAGAGUGGUAGAGGUAUACGGGCAAAAACAGGCUGAGAUGAGAGCGAAGGAGGAGGAGGAUAGGAGGAGGAAGGCGGAAGAGGAAAGGAGGUUACUGGAGGAGCAAAAGGGGAAGAGUUGGUGGAAGGUUUGGUAG